AUACGGCUAAUAGCUUUCAUCAAUACAUAAUCAGUUGGUUAAAAGCAGUAGACUUCUAUUAUUAUUAUUAUUACUCUUAUUAUUAGUUUCACCUAUCCAAGUUCGAACGUAGUUUGGUUUUUCAAUUUGACAGUGUAUGAAAAAACAUAACAUUGGAUUUCUCUAUUUUUUUAUAAUUUGAAUAAAAGGAUAAUACUUCAUUAAUAGUCAUUUUUCUCCCUCAACCCUCUUCGUUUCUUUUAUUUCUGGGAUUUUCUCAACUUUAUCUUAUACUGAACUCUUUCUCCUUGUCGUCUUUCACUCAGUUAUUCUUCAAAGUUCUCAAAUUAUACAUCAUUGGCUAUCUAAUCACCUGAUUUGGAUUUUUACAAUUUCAACGGGCCAUAAUUUUAAGUUCUAGUUUGAACAGCUAUAUUUUAAGUAGAGAAAUCAACAGAGAGAAAAGCCACUUUCACAAGCAGUAUUGCGUAAAGAAUCUGCUAACUACGUAAUUUUUUAAAAACGUGUGAGAGCUCAAGGGCAAAAGACAUGCAAGAUAUUUCUGUUAGAAGACCUCUUCCCCAACUAAGGAGACAGAUACAAAUUGAACCUGAAGUCAUUGUACCAAAACCAGUUAUUAAUAAAAGGAGCAGAGCCUACAUAUGCAGUCUUACUCAACUGACUAUAUCUAUUAUGGGUUUUGCUAUUGGCUUAGCAGCCUAUACGACGACGGAUAAUAUAAGAGCCGGAUCAUUUUGGCCCCAUAUAGCUAUGGGGUUAGCUACAAUUUUAUUUAUAGUUGGUUUAUCUUCUUAUCCAAAAGGGAAGGCAUGGUUAAUUGGGGGACUGGUAUUGAACGCUUUAGGCCUAAUUAUGGCUUUCAUCGGCGGAAUAGUCGACGGAGUAGAAGCCGGUCACGUGGCAACUACUGACUUUAACCAGUGCGCUUACGCUCUUCAAGGUGGAACUACCUUCUGUCAACAAACUCAACUAAUUAGCUCUUGCAAACUAACUAUUAAAGCUGAUACCUGCUUUUGCUGUUACGUACAUAGAAAGCAAAAAUGUGAAAAAACAGUUUCUUUAGCGACACAAUCUAGUGAAUAUCAGGGUGUGAAAUCUUGUGGUGAAAUUGAAGGUAGAUUUCAAUCCCUGCUAUGGGCUUCUAUGAUAUUAUGCAUUAUUAAUUUUAUGAUUGGAAUCGCUUCUAUGAUUUUAAUUAGUUAUUAUAAAUCUUCUUUACAGGUAAGAAAAUAAUAAUAAAAUGCUACUUUUAUUAGUAUUUAUCUACAUAGUUUACGUACAAUAAGUAAUGUAAAUAUUCAAUGUUUUCUCUAUUAAAAUUAUAGUCUGUGGUACCUGAUGAACAGAAUCGUAAUAAUAACAAUGGGAAUACACUGGAUGAUCAAAGCCAAUUGCCUAACUAUUAUCCAGAUACUCCAAUAUCUAUAAUAAAACCUCCAGAUUACGAAGAAGUAAUAGCAGAAAGCCAAAGUAGACGAAAUAGUUCUACUAAUGAUGGUGAAGGAAUAAAUCCAAGACAAUCCUGUAGCUCCUGUCACGGAUCUAACCCAAUUAAUCUCAUGCCACCCGUCCACAGCGAUCCCCCUCCUGCAUAUACUCCAUAACAAUUGAGAAAUAUACAUUAAAUCAAACGACGAUAGACAAAAACUAUUAAAAUAACAAUAUUUUUUUAUAACCAUUGAAUGCUCAAAAGUAAAUCAUCGGCAGAAUAUAUUAAAAAUAAAAAGGAAAAGAGAAAAGGUGGUGAUCGAUUACUUGUAAAAAAUUGAAUGUAUUUGUUUCUGGUUCGUUUUGUUUUUUUAAAAAAAAAAACAAAACAGAAUGAUAAAAGUCACUUUAAUUCUAUUUUAUUAUCAUUUAAUUUUUGCAAAUAAACGUUU